GAGAACAACGGGCUCAUUGAGCGGAGGGAGCCGCCGGCGCGGGGGAGCGGCCUGGCGGAGAGCGCGACUCGUCCCGUCCCGGGGGUGGGGCCGCCGGAGGCCGGAGCACACGCAGGGCGCCGCGGUAGCUGCAGCGCCGCAGCCUCGAACCCGGACCCGAGCGCCUGGCGCCCGUGCACCUCGCAGCUCGCAGCUCGCAGCUCCCGCUCCGGUCCCAGGGCGCCGACCUCCCCCGAUGGCGGCCGCGGGGCGGCUGUGGCUGCUCUACCUGUCCGCGGGGCUGCUGCCCCGGCUCGGCGCCGCCUUCAACUUGGACACCCGCGAGGACAAUGUGAUCCGGAAAACCGGGGACCCCGGGAGCCUCUUCGGCUUCUCGCUGGCCAUGCACCGGCAGCUGCACCCCGAGGACAAGCGGCUGUUGCUGGUGGGAGCCCCGCGGGCAGUGGCCCUUCCGCUGCAGAGGGCCAACCGGACAGGAGGCUUGUACAGCUGCGACAUCACCUCUCGGGACCCGUGCACACGGAUCGAGUUUGACAACGAUGCCGACCCUUCCUCGGAAAGCAAGGAGGACCAGUGGAUGGGGGUGACUGUCCAGAGCCAGGGUCCCGGUGGCAAAGUGGUGACAUGUGCUCAUCGAUAUGAGAAAAGACAACAUGUUAACACAAAGCAGGAGUCCCGAGACAUCUUUGGAAGGUGUUACGUCCUAAGUGAGAACCUCCGGAUUGAAGAUGAGAUGGAUGGAGGAGACUGGAGUUUCUGUGACGGCCGACUGAGAGGCCAUGAGAAGUUUGGCUCUUGCCAGCAAGGGGUAGCAGCCACUUUUACUAAAGACUUUCACUACAUUGUGUUUGGAGCCCCGGGAACUUAUAACUGGAAAGGGAUUGUGCGCGUAGAACAAAAGAAUAACACUUUUUUUGACAUGAACAUCUUUGAAGAUGGGCCUUAUGAAGUUGGCGGAGAGACUGACCAUGAUGAAAGUCUAGUUCCUGUUCCUGCUAACAGUUACUUAGGCCUGCUGUUUUUGACCAGCGUCUCCUACACAGAUCCCGAUCAGUUUGUUUAUAAAACACAGCCUCCCAGGGAGCCACCCGACACGUCCCCUGACGUGAUGAUGAAUAGCUACCUAGGCUUUUCUCUGGACUCGGGGAAAGGGAUCACUUCGAAAGACGACAUCACCUUUGUAUCUGGUGCUCCGAGAGCCAAUCACAGUGGAGCGGUGGUUUUGCUCAAAAGGGACAUGAAGUCUGCACACCUUCUCCCUGAGCACAUAUUUGAAGGAGAAGGUCUGGCUUCUUCCUUUGGCUACGACGUGGCCGUGGUGGACCUCAACAAAGAUGGGUGGCAGGAUAUUGUGAUUGGAGCCCCACAGUAUUUUGACAGAGACGGAGAAGUUGGAGGUGCAGUGUAUGUCUACAUGAACCAGCAAGGCCGGUGGAAAAAUGUCAAGCCAAUUCGUCUUAAUGGAACCAAAGACUCUAUGUUCGGCAUCGCCGUCAAAAAUAUUGGCGAUAUUAACCAAGAUGGCUACCCGGAUAUUGCGGUUGGAGCUCCCUAUGAUGAAAACGGCAAGGUUUUUAUCUAUCAUGGCUCGGCGAGCGGAAUAAUUACCAAACCAACGCAGGUUCUCGAGGGUAAUUCACGGUUCUUUGGAUAUUCAAUUGCUGGAAAUAUGGACCUUGAUAAGAAUUCCUACCCUGAUGUUGCUGUUGGCUCCUUGUCAGAUUCAGUAACUGUUUUCAGAUCCCGGCCUGUGAUUAACAUUCAGAAAACCGUCACAGUGACACCCAACAGGAUCGACCUCCGCCAGAAAACUGCCUGUGGGGCGCCCAGUGGGAUCUGCCUCAAGGUGAAGGCCUGCUUUGAAUAUACUGCCAAGCCCGCUAGUUACAAUCCUUCAAUAUCCAUUGUGGGCACGCUUGAGGCUGAAAAAGAUAGAAGAAAAUCCGGGCUCUCAUCGAGAGUGCAGUUUCGAAACCAAGGUUCUGAGCCCAAGUAUACGAAAGUGAUAACGCUGAACAGGCAGAAGCAGAAGGUGUGCAUGGAGGAAACGCUCUGGCUGCAGGAAAACAUCAGAGAUAAGCUGCGACCCAUCCCCAUAACUGCUUCGGUGGAGAUCCAAGACCCGAACACGCGGCGGCGAGUGAAUUCACUCCCAGAGGUUUUCCCGAUUCUGAAUUCCAACGAGCCCAAGACGGUCCAUACAGACGUGCACUUCCUAAAAGAGGGAUGUGGAGACGACAAUGUGUGCAACAGCAACCUUAAACUAGAAUACAAGUUUUGUACCCGGGAAGGAAACCAGGACAAGUUUUCCUACCUGCCGAUUAGUCAAAAGGGCGUUCCGGAACUAGUUCUAAAAGACCAGAAGGACAUUGCUUUGGAAAUAACAGUGACGAACAGCCCUUCCGACCCCAGGAACCCCACCCGAGAUGGCGAUGACGCGCACGAAGCUAAGCUCAUUGCGACUUUCCCGGACACGCUGACCUACUCCGCGUACAGAGAGCUGAAGGCCUUCCCUGAGAAACAGCUGAGUUGUGUUGCCAACCAGAACGGCUCCCAGGCGGACUGUGAGCUCGGAAAUCCUUUUAAAAGAAAUUCCAGUGUUACUUUCUAUUUGAUUUUAAGUACAACCGAGGUCACCUUUGACACCACAGAUCUGGAUGUUAAUCUGAAGUUGGAAACAACAAGCAAUCAAGAUAAUUUGGCUCCAAUUACAGCUUCUGCGAAAGUGGUUAUUGAACUGCUUUUAUCGGUCUCUGGAGUUGCCAAACCUUCCCAGGUGUAUUUUGGAGGGUCCGUCCUCGGUGAGCAAGCUAUGAAAUCUGAAGAUGAAGUGGGAAGUUUGAUCGAGUAUGAGUUCAGGGUUAUUAACUUGGGCAAGCCUCUGAAAAACCUGGGCAUGGCAACCUUGAACAUCCAGUGGCCGAAAGAAAUCAGCAACGGCAAAUGGCUGCUUUAUUUGGUGAAAGUAGAAUCCAAAGGAUUGGAAAAGAUAGCUUGUGAGCCUCAGAGUGAAAUAAACCUUCUGAACUUAAGGGAGUCGCACAACUCCCGAAGGAAACGGGAGAUUGCCGAAAAACAGAUUGACGAUAGCAAGAAAUUUUCGUUAUUUGCUGAAAGGAAAUACCAGACCCUUAACUGCAGCGUCAACGUGAACUGCGUGAACAUCCGGUGCCCGCUGCGGGGGCUGGACAGCAAGGCCUCGGUGCUGCUGCGCUCCAGGUUGUGGAACAGCACGUUUCUAGAGGAGUACUCUAAAAUGAACUACCUGGACAUUCUCGUGCGGGCCUCCAUCGACGUGACUGCGGCCACCGACAACAUCAAGCUGCCACACGCAGGCACUCAGGUUCGUGUGACUGUGUUUCCCUCCAAGACGGCAGCUCAGCACUCAGGGGUUCCUUGGUGGAUCAUCCUUGUGGCCAUUCUUGCUGGGAUUUUGAUGCUUGCUCUAUUAGUUCUUUUACUAUGGAAGUGUGGAUUCUUCAAACGCUCUAGGUACGAUGAAAGCAUUCCCCGAUACCAAGCUGUCAAGAUCCCGAAAGAAGAGCGAGAGAUCAAAGAUGAAAAGUACAACGAUCACCCGGAGAAAAAGCAGUGGAUCACAAGUUGGAAUGAAAACGAAAGCUACUCCUAGGGGCCGGAGGAGUGUCCCCAUCCCCAACUGCUGUUUCAGUCCCCGAUGCAGAAAUUCAAACGGUUUAGAAGCCUGGCACCUGACUAUUGAGUUCAGACAGACUGCACCAUAGUACGAACCGACAGUUUCAACUGCUGUGUGGGCAUUGUUACGUAGCCUACGGCUCCUGCUUUGCAGAGCCCAGAUGUCAGACUGUUGGCAUGAAUUUUUCGUUAACUGCCUUAAUUUAACUCUCUGGGUUGCCUUUAUUUUUGGUGUGGCCGACUCACAAGUGCCGGGGAAGGCCCCGCCCAGAUGCGCUCAUCUGACAUCCUCCCGCUAGUGUCACUGGAAGAAGGCACACGUGGUCACCAUGUCAGCAGAGUGACGGUCGGAGCUGCCUCCGCAAGCAUUCUUCCCAGUAGGACUGGAGGACCUGCAAGUUGACGGUCCCCCAUCACAAGACAGUGCCGUGGGGGUAGCUGCGUGUCCAUCUAAAGUGCUAUCUUAAAUUAAAUGUGCAAUAGAAGGUGAUGUCGCCAUCCUGCCAUCUUUUUCCAUUUCCGAGGCGUGUGAAUCCCUGUUCACACCAAAGGCGUCCAGGUUUCCUUCUCCCUUUUCACUAAAAACACACAGGUGCAACCGACUUGAAUGCUAGUUAUCCUUAUUUGUAUAUGGUAUUUAUUUUUUUUCCUUUUUUACAAACCAUUUUGUUAUUGACUAACAGGCCAAAGAUUCUCCAGUUUGUCCUUCAGGGUGGAGUAAGCAAUCAGAAUUAGAACAUAUGGGUCAUUGGUUUGAUCUAAAGUAUUUACUGCAAAAAGAAAAUAGUGCUUUAUAAAUGUACCAGAGAUUGUUAUAAUUUACGGAUAAGUUAUUUAAAACAUCUUCCUUCGUGACAACCCUUAUCUUCACCCCCUCCUUCCAAACCCAAAAGGUUUGUUUAAGAAAUGGGAUUAACAGUUAGAAGUUUAAUUCUGAACAGACAAUGGAUAUUUUUGAGUUUGGAGCUCUGUGUGACAAUUUUGAAUUUUAUGCUAUAACUUUCAGGAACUCUUGGAAAUAUGGGGUUUGUUUCUUGACCUUUCACUGCUGUAUAGAUAGGACUUGAAAGAAAUGGUGAGUGCCUAUGGUGGAUCCAAUCCGAUCCAGUGGAAGACUACUGAAUACUCGAUACCAAAAGUCAGAUUAGAACAUCAUGGCUUUUAUGUCUUAAAUAUUGUUGGAAUCACAUCAUGUGAGUCAGUGUUCUGUGUUUUUGUUUUUUUUUUUCUGUGUUUCCUUUCCUAUCUAUAUUCCCCAAAUUCCUUUAAGACUACUCUAACAAGAACUUUAUCUUGUUGUUUAAUUGUAAAAGUGGAGGAGGAGAGAAAGAUAUUAUUCUAUACAUUCAAUAGAGAUUGAAUGGAUAUGAAAGCCAGAUUUUAAAAAAAUGACUGUGCUUCAAAAUGUUAAGUUAUAUGGAGAGCAACAGCAAACCUGGUGCUAAUUUCUUUGGAUGUAGUGUAAGCUGUGUCUCGUUCUUUUAAAACAAAAUACAGCUAUGUACCAUUGUUGCUUUGGAGUUUUAAUUUCCUUUUCUUUUUGGAAAUCUUAUACCCUUAAGAUACUAAGAACAUUACUCUAAUUGUACUUUAGAAAUUUCAUUCACAAAUACUGUUUUCCAAAUGAUAUUUUGUUUACAAAAAUUUCUUGAGAACAGGUCAUAACAGUGUUUAAAAUCUCAGUUUCUUGCUUAGAUAACUUGGAACCCAAUGCACUGGCUUCACAGGUUGCUCAGAAGCUGACGUUUUGGACGCGUUUAUAGGCCCUUGUUAUAAAGACGAAUGUCCUUGGAAAGGGGUGGGGAGCUGGGUGCAAGGGUGACUCAGUAACAAAGAAACAAGAAUGUAGUUAGUGGUCUUUACGAUUAUAGUUGCGAAAACUGUCAUCUCAAGUCAAGACACUGGUCUAUUCGCAUUUGAUACAUUUUUAUACUAACCAGCAUUGUAAAGUUAUUUCAUGAUUAGAAAAUACCUGUGGAUAUUUGUAUAAAAGUGUGAAAUAAAUUUUUUUAUGAAAGUGUU